UCACCCUGCCGCCGUUCUAUCACGAGCGUGACGAACCGGCAACCGGCCUCGUCGCGAGGACGCCCCAGCCAACAUUGCAUUCCCGGCGUAGAAGGAGGAGAGACCCGUUCCGUGUCUGCUCCGUUGAAACCAGAGCACACCGUCACUACACACGAGGCCCAGGGCGAGGGCGCGGGCGCCACCGCUCGCCGACCCAUCCCGAGCCGUUCGCUACCCCCGCUUUCCUUCUCACGGCUGCGCAUGCAGCCGCGGCCCCUGGCGGCGGCGGCGGUGGCCGCCACCGCGCCUUUCCCGCCGUCAUGGGCGCACCAGGUCCGCGGCGCGGCGACCCAGGGGGACUUCCACCACGCCAUCGCCCUCUUCCUCCGGAUGCGCGCCGCCGACGCCCCCGCCGCGCCCCGCUCCGCCGUCCCGGCGUCCCUCCCGGCCGCGCUCAAGUGCUGCUCCGCCCUCGGCCUCCCCGCCCUCGGCGCGUCCCUCCACGCGCUCGCGCUCCGCUCCGGCGCCUUCGCCGACCGCUUCACCGCCAACGCGCUCCUCAACCUCUACUGCAAGCUCCCUGCGGCGCCGUGCCGCUCCCCCGGGACGGAAGACGCGGCAGGGGAGUCGUUGGAGAGCAUGCGGAAGGUGUUCGACGAAAUGACCGAGAAGGACCCCGUGUCCUGGAACACGCUGGUGUUCGGGUAUGCGGAGAAGGGGAGGCACCAAGAGGCUCUGGUAGUGCUCAGGGAGAUGUGGAUAGAUGGGUGCAAGCCAAACUCGUUUACCUUGUCGAGUGUGCUGCCGAUCUUCGCCAAGUGCUCCGACGUCAGGAGGGGAAUGGAAGUCCAUGGCUUUGCAACCAGGAACGGUUUUGUUGAUGAUGUGUUCGUUGGCAGCAGCUUGAUCGAUAUGUAUGCGAACUGCACUCGAACGGAUUACUUGGUCAAGGUGUUCGACAGUCUCCCGUGCCGCGAUGCUAUCCUGUGGAACUCAAUGCUUGCGGGGUGUGCACAGAAUGGGUCUGUGGAGGAGGCUCUUCGAAUAUUUCGCCGGAUGCUGCAUUCUGGAGUUAGACCUCUGCCUCGUACUUUCUCGAGCCUCUUACCUGCCUGUGGAAAUGUUGCUUCGCUGCUUCUCGGCAAGCAGCUGCAUGCGUACGUCAUCUUUGGAGGGUUUGACGGUAAUAUGUUCAUAUCUAGCUCCCUGAUUGACAUGUAUUGCAAAUGUGGAAACGUGAGCAUAGCUCGUCACAUCUUUGAUCGAAUGCAGUCACCUGAUACUGUAUCCUGGACUGCGAUGAUCAUGGGACAUGCUUUACAUGGUCCAGCAAGAGAGGCUCUGUUGUUGUUUGACAGGAUGGAGUUGGGAAAUGUGAAGCCUAAUCAUAUCACGUUUAUAGCCGUUUUAACUGCGUGCAGUCAUGCUGGAUUGGUGGACGAGGGCCGGAAGUAUUUCAACAGAAUGUCGGACCAUUACGGCAUUGUUCCCUCUCUUGAGCAUUAUGGAGCACUUGCAGAUAUUCUUGGCCGUGCAGGGGAGUUGGAAGAAGCCUACAAUUUCAUCUCUAAGAUGCAAAUAAAACCAACCGCAAGUGUCUGGUCCACGUUGUUAAGGGCUUGCAAGGUCAACAAAAAUACCGUGUUAGCUGAAAAAGUUGCCAAGAAAAUCUUUGAGCUUGAACCUAGGAGCAUGGGAUCUCAUGUAAUUUUAUCAAAUACGUAUUCCUGUUCCGGGAGAUGGAAUGAAGCAGCACACCUGCGGCUAUCUAUGAGAAAGAAGGGCAUGAAGAAGGAACCAGCUUGCAGUUGGAUUGAAUUGAAGAACAAACGGCAUGUUUUUGUAGCUCAUGAUAAGUCUCAUCCUUGGUAUGAAAGGAUUAUUGGUGCACUUAAUGUUUUCUCAGAGCAGAUGGCACGUCAAGGUUAUGUUCCCAAUACAGAGGAUGUUUUCCAGGAUCUUGAAGAAGAGCAGAAGAGCGGUGUGUUAUGUGGUCACAGUGAAAAACUUGCUAUGGUAUUUGGUAUUUUAAAUACACCUCCUGGAACAACAGUUCGUGUGAUGAAAAAUCUUCGAAUUUGUGUUGACUGCCACACGGUAACAAAAUUUAUUUCAAAGAUAGCUGAGAGAGAGAUUGUUAUGCGUGAUGCAAACCGUUUCCACCAUUUUAAGGAUGGAAAUUGUUCUUGCGGUGACUUUUGGUGAUUGAACAACAGUUGGUGAUCAACUUCAUGUUCAUGACAUGAUUUCCUAUUGGAAAUGCACCUGUACUGAGUAUAUCUUUUUAAGGAUGGGGUUAUUUCUGACAUUUUUGUGAAGUGUCAGGGGUAAAACAAAGUGUGCUCGUAAUCACUAGAAAUGGAUCAUGUUGUUCUUUGCAUAUGGAACCAGUCUUUACUGUUGAAGAGUAAUGCAAGACUACAUCACUAGUCUUUCUAAGUUUCUAGCAUUCAAAUGCCAAACUAUAGCCACCUGAACAUCAGCAGUUCAUCACUGUAUCUCUUAUCUAUUUUGACGUAUUCAGGUGUACUAGUCUUCAAAAAAACAUACUUCACUAUAUUUGAUAUGAUGAUAUUGUUAAGCUGCUACUUUAUCAUCUGAUAUGAUUCAAUUGAUUAAAUGUGUUGCCACAUUUCCAUGGU